GGUAGCAAAGCUAGAACCUUUAUAGGAAAACAAAGCAGAGCUGAACAACAGCAGACACAAUGCUGGGUUCUUUGGUGCUGAUUUGUAUUUUCAUCUGCUUCCUCUUCUUCUUCAUCAAGAUCCAGAGGCCCAAGAACUUUCCUCCUGGACCCCAGCCUGUGCCCAUAUUUGGGAACCUGCUUGAGCUGAACAUUGCCAACCCUCUGAAAGACUUUGAGAGGUUGGCUGAGCGCUAUGGGAACGUUUACAGUGUGUACUUUGGAGGAACACCAUCAGUGAUUCUUACUGGUUUUAAGGCUAUGAAGGAAGCUCUGGUGAACAAGGCUGCAGACUUUUCAGGACGGCCACAAAACCUGCUAAUCAGCCAUCUAACAGAAGGGAAAGGUAUCGCAUUUCUUGAUUAUGGGCCUGCAUGGAAGGAGCAUCGGCGCUUUGCCCUCAUGACCCUGAGGAACUUUGGCAUGGGGAAGCAGUCAAUGGAGGACAGGAUUCUGGGGGAAACUGAACAUCUUGUUGCACGUUUGGAGAAAAGUGCUGGAGGCUUCCUGAAUCCUCAGACUGUGUUCCACAAUGCUACAUCAAAUAUCAUCUAUCUGGUUUUAUUUGGCAUUCGCUACAACUACGGGGAUGAAGCCCUUAAAAAGUACGUCAGUAGCGUUACUGAAUCCACGAAGAUUGCCAAUGGACCCUGGGGACUGAUAUAUGAAACAUUUCCUUUUCUGAGAGCCCUCCCACUUCCCUUUAAGAAGAUUUUUACACAUUUUGAGACAGUGAAAAAAUUGGAUGCGAACAUGGUCAACAAACACAAACCAACCAGAGUCCCAGGAGAGCCAAAUAACUUUGUUGACUGCUAUCUGGAUGAACUCGAUAAGAGAGGAAAUGAUGGGUCUUCCUUUAGUGAGGAACAGCUUGUGAGAACCAUCAUUGACCUUCAUUCUGCUGGAACAGAUUCCACCUCCAACACCCUCCUUACAGCAUUUCUUUAUCUCACAACACACCCAGACAUUCAAGAGAGAUGUCAGAAGGAGAUUGAUGAGGUUCUGGAGGGUAAAGCUCAAGCAGCUUUUGAGGACAGGCACAAGAUGCCGUAUAUGCAGGCUGUGAUCCAUGAGUCCCAGCGUAUUGCUAGUACCGUCCCCCUCAGUGUUCCCCACUGUACUAGCAGAGAUACUGAACUGAUGGGCUACAGCAUCCCAAAGGGCACUGUUAUCAUCCCAAACCUCUACUCAGUGCUGUGUGAGGAAGGCCAGUGGAAGUUUCCUCACGAGUUCAAUCCAACUAACUUCCUGAAUGAGCAGGGACAGUUUGAGAAGCCGGAGGCCUUCCUGCCCUUUUCUACUGGACCUCGUGUGUGUCUUGGUGAAGGUCUGGCUCGCAUGGAGCUCUUCCUCAUCUUGGUCACUCUGUUGCGCCGGUUUCAGUUCUUCUGGCCUGAAGAUGCAGGACAACCAGACUAUACUCCUGUAUAUGGAAUGACACUCACACCCAAGCCAUACAGGAUGGGAAUCAGACUGAGAUAAGCAGCUAGAGACAUGUAGAAACUGGCAGCAAAUGCCAGCAAAAAUGGAUGUAAUAAUAGAUGGACUUUUAUAUUAGUAGACAUGAAUAAAACCGCUUCAUUAUCAGUUUAAUAAACACUAUUGCAAGUGUAACUUUACCACACCACUAAAGAAGAUUCUGUAAUUUGCUGUUAUCAAAUAAAGUGUUUCAACCUUU